AUGUUUCGGAUGAGUUUCUUCACAUACCUUGCGGUCAUUGCCUCCAUCUACGUCGUUGUGACGUUGUUGAGAAAAUGGCGCCGAGCAUGGGCUUAUCGGGGUCUAGCCCAUUUGCCUGGUCCUCCUCGAGAGAAAUGGAGCAAAGGACAUAUCCCGAACCUAUACAAUCCGAACACAGCAUUUGCGUUCCAUGAUUCACUGAGCAAAUAUGGACCUGUUGCCAAAAUUUAUGGAAUCUUUGGUAACCUUCGCCUAUACAUCAAUGAUCCUUAUGCUAUGGGCGAAGUCUUGCUCAAGGAAGAGAAUGGCUGGGAAAGGACUGAAAGCUAUACCGCCAAUCUAAACAUGGUCCUAGGACCGGGCCUGCUAGCUACCAGAGGCGCUAAACACAAAGCACAACGCAAGUUUUCAAUUCAUCCACUAUCCGCACAAGUGAGUAUCCUGGUGGAAGCACAUACGGAACUAACCCGUAUCGAAAUGUUCUUUUCUGCAUAUAGUGCUGCCUAUGCUUCACGAAGUAUCUCACAAGCAGGGAUAGAGAGGGAGAUCAAGGAGCAAGGUACAAAUGCUAUUAGUGUUGAUAUCUUUGGAUGGGCCCACCGGAGUGCAUUGGAUGCUAUUGGCUUGGGAAGCAUGGGCCAUGACUUCCAAACCUUGAGUGGUGUCGAAAGUGAUUACAGCAAGGCUAUCAAGCACCUUCUCCCGGCGCUAUUCUCUCUGGCCAUUCUCAGGCCUAUUAUGCCUACUUUGUAUAAGAUCGGUCCGGCAUGGUUCCGAAGGGCGAUAAUUACCCGCGUUCCGAGCAAAGCGAUCAAACAACUACUUUCUAUCGUUGACAUUCAGUAUGAGCAGGCACUUCGGAUCUUUAGUCAAAGAAGGGCUGCUCUUACGGACAGCAAACACGGACACCAUAAUCUAUCUUCAGCCCAGAAGGAUGUGGUUACGCUGAUACUUCAGGCGAAUGGAAAGGCUGAUCCUAGAGACAGGAUCUCGGAGGAAGAAAUGUUGGGACAACUAAACACUCUCAUUUUCGCAGGCCAUGAUACAACAAGUGGUGCCUUGGCAUGUAUCUUUCAGAUGCUUGCCGAACAUCCCGAGAUCCAGUCUAAACUUCGGGAAGAACUACUAAAGUGUUCAGACGAAGAUCCUGACUAUGUGACCCUAAAGUCAUUCCCAUUGCUAGACGCGGUCAUUAGGGAAACACUACGGCUGCACCCACCGGUGACGAUAGUUGAACGAGUUUCAUCACGAGAUACUGUGCUUCCUCUCCGGGCGCCGAUGGGCGUGGACGCAGAAGGCCGCCCUUGCACGGCACUCGCUGUGCCUGCGGGAACGCUGGUCAUGGUUGGCCUUCGGGCUGCCAAUCGGGAUCCACAACCUGGGGUCCUGACGCUCACGAAUGGAAUCCACGUCGAUGGCUUGAGCCGCUCCCGGCAGGAGUGGCCGACGCCCGAAUCCCAGCGCCCAGAUGACUGA